AUGGGCUGCGUCGCCUCCGGUCCCGUGGACGAGGAGCGCGAGCGCCAACGCCUCGCCGACCAGACACACUUUCGACCGGGACAAAUUCGAGUCUUGCGCGAUGUCUUCUCCAAGGUGAGCCGCUCGCACGACGCCGACGGCGCGAUCGACGCGGAUGAGUUCCAACUCGCGCUCUUCGGCCGCGAAGUGAACGGAGGGAAGACGAGAGAUUUGUUUAGCGAACGAAUCUUCGCGUGCUUUGACAGCGCGCGGGACGGACAGUUGACGUUUGAGGAAUUUGUGAAAGGCUUGAGCGUGUUUCAUCCGCAAGCGACGCGAAACGAGAAGACGGAGUUUGCAUUUAGGGUGUAUGACUUGCGCGGGACGGGCGCGAUCGAAAGGGAGGACGUGCGAGAGAUGUUGGAGGCGGUGCUGCGACAGUCGAAGGCGAUGACGCUGACGAAGGAGAUGAUGGAGGCGGUGCUGAACAAAACGUUCGAGGAUUGCGAUUUGACGAAGGAUGGGGUGAUUUCCAUGAAGGAGUUUAAGACGUUGGUGGAGAAGAAUGAGAAGAUCAUCGCGAACAUGACGAUGCCGAGCUUGGAGCGACUGACUAAGGUGUAUCCGGACUUUUUGUUCACGCAACGGGUUGGUUCGGUGCGAUAG